CCACUACACCAGUCGGCCGUCAAAAUUGGUAUAGAUAAGUACAGAAGGUAUUGAUAAGUACAGAACACAUAGAAUAGGAUACAAUAAAAAAGUACAGAACACCAUGCCCUAUUCACUAUCUCUGAAUUAGACUAACGAGUAUUCAAUGUUAAUUGCAACUUUUAAAGUGUUUCUGAAUAGGGCGACAAUCAUCUACUCUUGACGUCACUAGCUCUAUGGAAUAUGUUGCUAGUUGGCUUUGAAGAUAAAGCGAAUUAGUUUGAAACAUACUUCGUAGUGUUUCCUGAAUCUCUUUACGAGCUCUUAGUCUUUACUAGUCUUUCAUUUGUGAAACUUUUGCUUACAUUUUAGAUAUUCAGUUAUUUUUCAUAGUACCGAGUUACUAGGUGGUGUGUGUUUUGGUGUGGUGUGAAGUGUGAACAUAAAAUUCCUCAGCUUUGCUUUUUAGGGAGAAAGAAUGGCGGCGCUCUCCGGACAAGGCACCCCGAAGCUGACGUCAUCCGUGGGGAACCUCUACUAUGACUCCAUCCUGCCGUACCGCGAGGACGCGGGGCCGCAGACGCGGGAGUUCCUGGCGCGCGUGGUGGACGUGCUGCUCGACUUCGUGCAGCAGGUCAACGACCGCAAUGAGAAGAUCCUCGACUUCAAGAUGCCGGCGGACCUGCAGAAGCAGCUGGACCUGGAGCUGCGCGACGAGCCGCUGCCGCUGAAGACUCUGCUCGAGGACUGCAAGGUGGCCCUGAAGUACCAGGUUAAGACAGGCCACCCCCACUUCUUCAACCAGCUGUCCUGCGGGCUGGACAUCAUCAGCCUGGCCGGCGAGUGGCUGACGGCGGCCGCCAACACCAACAUGUUCACCUACGAGAUCGCUCCAGUCUUCAUACUGAUGGAGAAUGUGGUGCUGAAGAAGAUGAGGGACAUGAUUGGCUGGACUACUGGGGACUCGAUCUUGGCUCCGGGUGGUUCCAUCUCGAACCUGUACGCGUUCCUGGCGGCGCGCCACCACAAGUUCCCGCAGUACAAGGAGAAGGGGCUCUCCUCCAUCCCCGGCCAGCUCGUCAUGUUCACCUCCGACCAGUGCCACUACUCCGUAAAGUCGUGCGCGUCGGUGUGCGGUCUGGGCACGGACUACUGCGUGGUGGUGAAGUCGGACGAGCGCGGCCGCAUGCUGCCCGCCGAGCUGGAGCGCCUGGUGCGCCUGCACAAGGACAAGGGGAAUGUGCCAUUCUUCGUGAACGCCACGUCGGGCACGACGGUGCUGGGCGCGUUCGACCCGCUCGUGGAGAUCGCCGACAUCUGCGAGAAGUACAACAUGUGGAUGCACGUCGAUGCGGCGUGGGGCGGCGGUCUGCUGUUCUCCAAGAAGUACCGCCACCCGCGCCUCACCGGCAUUGAGAGGGCCGACUCCGUGACGUGGAACCCGCACAAGCUGAUGGGCACGCUGCUACAGUGUUCCACCGUGCACUUCAAGUAUGAGGGCAUCCUGCUGAGCUGCAACGCGAUGGACGCGGAGUACCUGUUCAUGACGGACAAGAUCUACGACCCGCGGUACGACACCGGCGACAAGGUGAUCCAGUGCGGCCGCCACAACGACAUCUUCAAGCUGUGGCUGCAGUGGCGCGGGAAGGGUACAUCCGGCUUCGAGCGCCACAUGGACCGUCUGAUGGAGCUGUCCGAGUACAUGGUGCGCCGCAUCAAGGAGCAGCCGGACAAGUUCCGCCUCAUCCUGGAGCCGGAGAUGGUGAACGUCUCCUUCUGGUACCUGCCCAAGCAGCAGCGCAACCAGCCGCAUGAUGAGCAGAAGCUUGGGAAGGUGUGUGCCAAACUGAAAGGCAAGAUGAUGCAAGCCGGCACCAUCAUGGUGGGCUACCAGCCGGACGACCGCCGCCCCAACUUCUUCCGCAACAUCAUCUCCUCGGCCGCCGUCACUGAGAAGGAUGUCGACUUCCUUCUGUCGGAGAUGGACCGUCUCGGGCAAGACAUCAUUGUCGACUAAAGUCCAUCCGACGUAACGUCUUUCAUUUCCAUAUACUCAGAUGAUAGUAUUAUUAUAUCGUCUAAAUAGAGGAACUUAGUUUGAUUAGACUUAUUGUAAUUGUAACUUAUUGAUGUGAUGUGUACUAGCUGUUUUGCAAAGAUUAAACCGAUUUGAAGUGGCUAUUAAGUAUAGUAUUUAUCUGAAAAAUAUUUUAUAACAGUGUUAGAAAACUUUUAGUUCAUCUCUGUUUGAUGAAAUGCUUGCGUAAUAUCUAAAGAAUUAUAACCUUUCUACUGUGUAGAUAUUUAUCUAUGAUAUAUACAACGACGAUUUUCUAAAGCUUGUUUGAAUGUAUCGUCGGCGGUUAUAAAAUUUGUUCGAAAAGUUUAACCAUUUUAAUCGAUCUUAUUGUUUAAACGAAGUUUAUGAAUGCACGAAAUAAUUAUAUUUACUAAGUGUAUGUUGUUAUUCUUGCAAAGAAGUAGUUGAAUUUAUAUACUAUACUAUUUCUAUAUGAUAAUGUUGACAGUGGAAAUAUAUUUUCUACAACUAUUUAAACACUUCAAUAUUUUUGUCCAUAAUUUGCAAGAAAGUAGGUACUUCCAUGAUUGAUUCAAAUAACUGCAAUCGAGUCUUCCAUAAAAAUUACAAUAAAUAAUGCAUGUUAUGAAACAUAACUUGUCCAUUGGUUAGCUGUUUCUGUGCGGUUGCUGCUACAUAUUUAAGAAGUUCAAGUAUAUAAAACAUUAAUUAACUUUCAUGAAUCUGAAUGUUUUUAUUGAUAAUAUGAGACAGAAAAUAUGGUGUGACGCAUAGCGUUGUAGUGAGGCUAAGCAUAUUCAAUAGUAAUAUGAUAGGAAUAUUUAUAAUAGGUACUUAAUUAAAAACACGUAAAACAUAUCUCCCGUUUUGCCAAUUAAAUAAAUUAUGUGUUGUGAGAAAUAUAUCAUAGUCUGCUGUAUUUGAUGUAUAAUUUUGAAACAAAACAUGUUUAAACUUCCUUUGCAAAAAAAUAUAUUAUAAAGUGAUUUUUGAGUAUGAUUCGGACAUUAUGAAAAAGUGUGAAAGAUAUUUGUUUCAAAAAAUAUAAUGUGAUGCACCGAAUUAAAUUGUGCAGAAAAUAUGAAUUUCUGGGCAAUUUAAAAUGGCGCAGCUAAAUUAUAAAGUUAUUGUGUAUAACACGCAAUAAUAUCAUAAGUGCACGUGCCAAGUCAUCCACUAGAUAAUUAAGAAUAGUAUAAACAACAUUCGCACUUAAAAGUAUUACGCACCGUGUAGGAUUUACUUAUAUCUAAGUAGGUAUUUAUGUAUGACUAAGAACAAAAAGUUUUUAUUACCUACUAUUUUAGGUAGUUACGAUGUUGAUGUUUUCUUUAAUGGUUUUGAAAUUACCUGUAGUUGUUUCAAAAAUACUGCGUUCUUGCUUUAAUUUUAAGAAUUUAGUUGGAAAUUGUUACAAUUUAUUUAACUUUA